CCCAUUGAACACCUACUCCUAAUCUCUGUACACAGACACACCCUGACAUCCUGUACAUAAAUUCAGCCCUGACUGGGUUUCAGCACCAGUCCUCAGUGAGACGAGUGAAGACUCUGAAUCUUAAGCAUCACCAACUUCGGACAGCAAUGAACCUUGGGACAACUGUUUCUCUUCUGCUGCUGCUUGUGGCCCUCUGUAAUGCUCACCAUGUCAGCGAUCAUGGUGCAGAGAAUGUGGCUAAGUCUGACCUUGAGGACAUUACUAUGACUAUACUGAGGAUGAAUAAUGGAUCUCGUGAUUUUCUGCUGGAAGGAGAUGUGUUCAUUCCCAAAACCAGGAAUGCUAUGAAGUGCUUCAAUGAAGCAUAUUCCUGUCUGUGGCCAAAGUCCGCUAACGGGAAGGUGGAAAUUCCUUUCCUUAUAAGCCAAAAAUAUGAUUUCACUGAGAGGAGUACAAUUUUGCAUGCUAUGAAGGACUUUGAAUCUGACACCUGCAUUCGCUUCAUUCCACGUGCAACUCAGAGGGCGUAUUUAAGCAUUGAACCGAGAUAUGGCUGUUUCUCUUUACUGGGUCAUACUGGAGACAAGCAGGUCCUCUCACUGCAGAGGUUUGGCUGCACGCAACACGGAAUCAUCCAGCAUGAACUGUUACACUCACUGGGUUUCUACCAUGAACACACCCGCAGCGACCGUGACCAGUAUGUCAGAAUCAACUGGGAUAACAUCAUGAAAUACUCUGUCUCCAACUUCCAAAAGAUGGACUCGAAUCAUCUCAACACCCCAUAUGACUACUCCUCUGUUAUGCACUACGGAAGAACUGCCUUUGGAAAGCAUGGAUCAGAAACUAUAACUCCCAUCCCUGACCCAUCUGUUCCCAUCGGGCUGAGAGACGGUCUGUCCGACAUCGACAUUAUCAGGAUCAACAGGCUGUACAAGUGCUGAAAUUCCAUCAAACAUACUGAAAUAUGAUUGUGCUAUGAUGCUUGACAUU